AUGUACUACACGGUCAGCGAGGCAGAGUUUAUGAAGGCGGCUGAUGCUUUACUAAAACUUGCUGACGGAAUUUUAUCAGAUCCGAACAAAUUUAGAAAAAUCGACGUGAAUGAUGAAGUCGUCAAAUCUGUUUUGGGAAAAAUACCCGGAGGGCUGGACUGCCUGCUCGAGAUGGGGUACUCCUUAAAAGAUAAUUUUUAUCAGAUGCCAGUAAAAAUAUCUAUGGGUAAAAUCAUGAAAGUCAAGCUAGACUUGAAAGAUUACUAUGAUCAGAUCGUUUUACGAAAUUCCCUAACGAACGUCAGUGAAGAGGAAGCCACCAGAUCAAGAAAAAGAGCCCUCAAACAAACUAUUCCACGCCCUUAUUCGAAAUCAGAAUUAGAUUUAUUUGUUCGUUUAUCUGACAAUUUUGACAGAAUGUUUCUGUAUGAAGAAAUUUUAAGAAUCAAGCAUUUGUGGACUGGCCCAGUUGAAGAUCGAACUAAAAAAAGAAUGGAGCAAUCUGGACUUGAUGGCCGAUAUUACAAAGAUAUUUUCCUGUUAGAGCUGCUGUAUUGGUUCAAAUAUUCUUUUUUUACUUGGGUAGAUGCGCCUGAAUGUGAUUGCUGCGGUCAGUCUAAACUUAUUGGUUAUGUUGAACCAACAUUGGAAGAAGUAGUUUUUGGAGCUUAUAAAACAGAACUCUAUAAAUGUUCUGAAUGCUCAGUUGAAAUCAGAUUCCCUAGAUAUAACAAUCCAUUGAAAUUGUUGGAAACAAGACGUGGCAGGUGUGGAGAAUGGGCCAAUUGCUUUGCAUUGAUUUGCAGAUCGGUUGGUUUUGAGACAAGAUAUAUUCUCGCAAACUUUGAUCAUGUUUGGGUUGAAGUUUAUUCAGAGAGCCAACAAAGGUGGCUGCACUGUGACCCUUGUGAAAAUGUUUGUGAUCAAAAUCUUCUUUACGAAAAGGGCUGGGGCAGAGAGAUCACUUACAUAUUUGCCUUUUCAUUGAACAACAUUCAAGAUGUCACAUGGAAGUACAGUUCUGACCACAAGGCUCUCAUGAGAAGAAGAAAGGAAUGCAAAGAAAGCUGGUUAGUCAAAGCAUUAAUUACACUGAGGCAAGAAAGGUUCAAAUUGUUGAGGCUGUCACCAGAAGCUGAAAAUCGAAUUUUAAAUGCAACUGCAUUGGAAUUAGUGGACAUGUUGAAUGAGCCAUCAGAAAAAAAAGAUGAAAAAUAUUCUGGCAGGACAACAGGUUCAUUAGAAUGGAGAAUUGCAAGAGGUGAAAUUGGAAGUCCUCCAACCUUUGUACCUCACACAAUAACUCUUCUGCCGCUAGAGAAAGAACACGAAACAUUUGAGAUCGUUUAUAACUCUGCUAAAGAUUUGUACAAACGGUUCACUGGUUCUUAUCUUGAAGUAAGCAACUGGUCUAGUUUGGUUUAUUCUUCUGAAAAUAUUUUCAGAAAAGUGGAACAUGAUUGGAAAAAGGUUUACCUGUCUAGAACACCUGGAAGUCAGGUUGGUUCUCUUACGUGGAAAAUUGAUUUGAAUUUAGUUUCAAGAAUUGUCAGAGAGAAUGUACUUGUGUAUGUAACAUCAACCACAUACAACAAUGCAACUGUUGAAUGGACAAUUUCAAAUGAAAAAAACAUCCAGCUCAACCUGAAACCUGGCAUCAAAUACGAUUUGAAUGUUUUCAAGAACUCAGCUGUUCUUAGAUUGGAUGUCAAACUUAUGGGAGGUGAUGGUGAAAAUGCCUGGCAGCAUGCUCAGAUAUUCAGGCAAGAUUUCAAUUCCACUGAUGACGCCUUCUUCGUUAAAUUCCGCACCAGAGAAGUCUUGGGCGACCCUGGUCAACUGAAAUUUUAA